UGAGUGUGCUUGUGCGACCUGCGUGCACGCUUGGCGUUGUGACGUGUGUGUGUGCGCGUGUCUUAAGUGCGCCGGGCUUUCUAGGAGGGGCGCGGUUGUAGGAGAACCAGGCAGGGUGUCUGAUGUGAAUGAGUUGCUCUGGCCGAAUAGUCCCCGUGAUUAUUCUGAGCACUCACAUUUUGUUAGCUGCUCUUGUAUUUGUUGUGUAUGUAAUAACGUGAGGCUGGAGCUUUGACAAUUCUCUAGGGCUUUCAUUGCUUGGUUAACUCAUUUGUGCAAUGGAGGAGGGGAGAGGCUGUACUAGCUAGCCACCAAGGCCCUUUCCCCGCUCUAACAUUCCCCAGGCCCCCAGUUAUUAUUUAUUAUGUAUUCAUUUGUUAUUUGUUAUGUAAAAGCAUGACAGUAUCCUGAAGCCAUCGAAGGCUGUGUGACGGUGGAAGGUCUGGGACAAAUUUAAGAAGAGCGAGCUCUCUCUCCUCCACUAAGAGCAGAAAAUGAACAGAUCCCAGGAACAAGUGUCAUUCAAAGAUGUAUGUGUGGACUUCACUCAGGAAGAGUGGUAUCUGCUGGAUCCUGCUCAGAAGAUACUAUACAGAGAUGUGAUUCUAGAAAAUUACAGCCAUUUUGUCUCAGUUGGAUAUUGCAUUACUAAGCCAGAAGUGGUCUUCAAGAUAGAGCAAGGAGAAGAGCCCUGGAUAUUAGAGGCAGGAUUCCCAAGCCACUGCCACCAAGAAGACUGGAAAGUUGAUGACCUGAUAGAGAGCAGCCAGGACAAUGAAGAUGAUCAUUUUUGGCAACUGGCUUUCACUACCAACAAAACAUUAAAUAUAGAUAGUUGUGAUAGAGUAAGAAAAGCUUUCAAUCUGGGCACAGAUUCUAUUCCUUCAAGAAAUUUUCCAUAUAAGAUAUGUGACUCAUGUGAAAUGAGUUUGAAAAAUAUUUCAGGCUUAAUUAUUAGUAGAAAGAGCUAUUCUGGAAAGAAGCCUGAUGAGCUUAAUGUAUAUGAGAAAUUGCUCCUUGAUAUUAAGCAUGAGAAAACUCCUCCUGGAGGGAAGUCUUACAGAUAUAAUCAAAAAAGGAAUGUGCUCAAUCAUAGCCACAAUCUCAGUCAGCCAAUUUUUGAUGAGCCUUCUGAGUAUAAUGAAAAUGGACAAGCCUUCCAUGAAGAAGCAGCCUUUUUCACAAACAAGAAAAUACAGAUAGGAGAGACACUCUGUAAAUAUAAUGCAUGUGGAAGAACCUUCAUCCACAGUUUAGAGCUCAGUUUAUCUCAGAGAACUCAUUUGGAGAUGGAGCCAUAUGAAUGCAGUAUUUGUGGGAAGUCCUUCUAUACAGAUUUAACACUGGGACAUCAGAGAACUCUUACAGGACAGGCUCCUUAUGAAUACAAUGAAUAUGGGCAAACCUUCUAUGAUAACUCAACUUUCAUUAUCCAUCAGGGAGCCUAUGCAAGAAAGAUCCCCCAUGAAUAUAAAGUAGGUCCUAAAACCUGGGAAAAGUCAACCCUCUUUAAACAUCAAAUAGUACACAUGGGCAAAAAACCUUAUGAGCACAAUGAAAAUGGAAAUAACUUCAACAAGAAAUCACAUCUCACCCAACUUCGAAGAGGUCAUUCAGGAGAAAAAACCUUUGAAUGUGGUGAAUGUGGGAAGACAUUCUGGGAGAAGUCAAACCUCACUCAACAUCAAAGAACACACACAGGAGAGAAGCCCUAUGAAUGUACCGAGUGUGGGAAAUCCUUUUGUCAGAAACCACACCUUACCAACCAUCAGCGAACACAUACAGGAGAAAAACCCUAUGAAUGUAAGCAAUGUGGAAAAACAUUCUGUGUGAAGUCAAACCUCACAGAACAUCAGAGAACACACACAGGGGAGAAACCAUAUGAAUGUAAUACAUGUGGGAAAUCCUUCUGCCACAGGUCAGCCCUAACUGUCCAUCAGAGAACACACACAGGAGAGAAACCCUUCAUGUGUAGUGAAUGUGGGAAGUCCUUCUGUGUGAAAUCAAACCUCAUUGUACAUCAAAGAACUCACACAGGGGAGAAACCCUAUAAAUGUAAUGAGUGUGGGAAAACCUUCUGUGAAAAAUCAGCUCUCACUAAACAUCAGAGAACUCACACAGGGGAGAAGCCCUAUGAGUGUGAUGGAUGUGGGAAAACCUUCAGUCAGAGGUCAGUACUCACAAAACAUCAGAGAAUUCACACAAGGGUGAAAGCUCUUUCAACAUCCUGAUGUCCAGAAGCCUUCACCUGCUCUUUCAAGUUAUUAUACCAUUUUAAAAAAAUGAGAUGAAGCCCAAAGAAUGCCUCACAUUACUAGAAAGCAAUGUCUUAUCAUACUUCAAAUAAUACUAGCAUAAAACCAUACUGAAAUUUUGAAUAUGUGAAAGCUCUGAAGAAAAACUGAAACUUUUAAUCAGAAAAUUUAUAUUGAGAGGAAAUUUCUUCACUUAAGAAAUGUGGUAGAACUCUGUCUAGAAUUUAUGUUGUGUCAUGUUCCAAAUGUGAUACCAAAUUUUAUUGUAAAUAUAGUGGAUGGUAUUCAUUCAUACCCAUAUUCAAGUGGAAUUUGAAGUUUAAAAAAGGUUGAAUCACAGAAACAUUAAACAAUUAUGAAGAGUCCCUGAUGUUUGCAGACCUGAUGUGGGUAUAGUAAUAUAGCAGAAAUUAGAUGUAUGCUUGAUUUGCAUAUUGGAGUCCAACAUACUUAUGAAGAGAAAAUAUCUUUUAAUUAAAGAACUAUUAUAGUCUAUAUUAGUAUCUUCCACACUAAAUACCACCAGUGUCUUUAUAAGUUGCCAUAAUUAUAUAUGUAUAUAUAAUGUAUAUGUAAAUAUAUUUAUACACGCAUACUCAACACGUAUGUAGUGGUGUGUUAAGAGUAAGCUCACACUGGCUUGAAACUGCCAAUGGUUAAAUUUUCAGGAAUUUUGUGAGCCAGUACUUAAACAGUCAUUAUUUAAAAAUUAAAUUAUAUUAAAAACAAAGGUAAUAAAUUAUCAGCACUCAUCAAUUCCUAAUUUUGUUACAUUUUGUAACAUUUUGUUCUUUGUUCUUUAGGUCACUUUUAUUACUGAGUCAUAUGGUAAAAAUACCAUCUAAUGUGCUACUGCCCAUCUCUUCCCACCUCUGCACUCAGUGCCGUCCUGUGGGUAGCUUGCUGUAGUGGGAGUGUUUACACCCUGGAAAUUGGCAAACUGUACAAACUGGGGUUCUUAUUUUCUCAGAGAACCUGUUGUCAAAUAUUUACCAGCACACCACUGUGUAUAUAUGAAAAUACAUCUGAACAAUUUGAAGUACAGACCAUGUACACCCUCUCUCAUAUCCUGACAUAAAUAAAUGGCUAUGGCCAUUAUUGUUGAACUGCCUCUUCAGUAAAGAACCCCAAAUUUGUUUUUGUGAGGUUUUUAAACUACCUCUGCAUCAGUCUUAAUUGUAAAUACUACCUAAGUCUCUUUAUAGUUUGGCCAGUAUAUGUUAUUUUACGACAUCACCAACCAUCCAUCUGACGUUGCCGGCAAAUAAGAGUUAGUAUACGGCCAUCGUUACUGAUCUACUACUAUAUUACUUCCCAAAGAAGCCAAAUAAUAUUUUUCUGAGGUUUUUCAGUUGCCUCUGGGUCAGUCUAUGAUGUUGUAAGUACUGUUAGUAACAGUGGGAUUUACAUGAAUUUUGCAAAGGUUAACAUCAUUUAUGAACAGGAACACUCAGUUCACUCCACAAGUAAAAAUAUGUACUCGAAUGCCACUUUCCUACUCUUGGUGUUUCAUUACUGUAUCUAUUUAGGCAUGAUCUCUUGUAUGUGACCCAGGAACUAUGUAUUUGUAUUUAAAAUAAUAGGGUGCCAUGCUCUGUCCCUGCCUCCUUUGUCCUGUUUUCCCACACCUCCUUGGAACACACUGAUCAGUUCCAAGAGACACUGCCCACCCACCAGCCUUCUGCUUAUUUGCUGGGCUGUUUUGUUUCUCUUUCCAUUCUUACCCCACAUGAUUUAGGAGUAAAUCCAGAUUAACCUGAGUUAAUCAUGGAGAUGCUGUUCUAAUGAUUUUGUUGAGAUGUUUGGAAAAUAUUCUGUGGUACUUCUGGGAGAGAUCUCUGUGAUAAACUAUUGUGACAUGAGAAGACAAAAGAAGAGAUUGUCUCUCUUACACUGGACUUUUUCAUGUUUGCAUAUCAUACCAAAUUAUAGCUUGUGGCCCUGAAGGGCAAUAGUCUGAAGAUACCACCAGACAAAAUGGAAAAAGCCUGGCUCAGAGGGGACCUGUCGUUGAGCUGCACAACUCCAUCCGGACCUGUACUCGGCUAGGACUUUCUAUUACCAUGGUAAUAAUGAUUGCUUAUUUAUCCUUAGGGCUGUCUGUUAUUUCAGCUGAAGGCAUUCCAGCUGGUACAGACAAGUACUUCAUUCUAAAUGUUCAUGUUCUAUAUAGUGAUUUCGGGGAAGAAUGAUUUCUUUUGACAAGUUAACAUAAGAAUAGCUAUUUGUAUCAGCCCCACUUCUAAUGAAAAACAGAAAUCUACCCCAACCAAGAGGAUUGUGAUGGUAGAUGUAUUACAGUGGUGUGGGUCAGAAACAAGGGAUCCUGAAGCACCUAGAGACUAGCAUCACCCAGAAACUGUGAGCAUUCUAGGUCGUAAAGGGGCAAAGAUGGAAACUAGUGUCACCAGAGCCCAAUAAGAGCUGCUCUCAUGGAGGAGAGACCACCUCCUGGAAGAUAUUGUCCCUACAAGAAUCGUGGCACCGAAUUGCUUGUGCCUCCCUUUAGAGAACGCCACCAGAUGCGAUCUGCAGGUUAGCCCAGGUGGGCGCAGAGAAAGUGGAGAGGAGGACUGGGUGGAGCCAAUGGAUAAUAAGCAGCACAGUGUUUUUUUUUUUAAUUUUUGUAAAUUCCUAUGUAAAGUCCCAGUAUUAGAAAUAAACAUUCUACUAGUUGGAAGUAAAGUAUUUCUACUUCAUUGUGCUUUUGUGUCGUAAGUAAAUUCCUUUUGGAACUGAGCACUGUGCCAGGUAUGUCUUUGUUGACAUGCGUGAAGCAGACAUUAUGUUAAGUGACAUUAUUCAGAUAUCCCUCUGGUGUUUCCUGUUACACGUGUUGUGAGAUAAGUGGGUCUGUAUUUUUCCAAAUAAAUAGCCAGUUGUCCCUG